UCGCCUCUCGUCCUUCCUCCGAUGGCCAUCACCGCCGUCUGCUCCCUCGAAUCCGCCUUUCCUUCACCUAAUCUCCGCCGCCCAUGUCGACUACGCCAUCUCCCUCGACCUUUCCCCACCCUCCACCCACGUCUUCCACUACCACGGAUCCGGCGGAUUCCUCCGCGAGUGCGCCAAGUGGGAGGAACCCCCGCCGACCGGUUCAUCGUUUCCUUCUUCAAAGGCGGCGUCGGCGAGCUCCGCUUCCCGAUGACUAAUCCUCCGGCGAACGGCUCAUCGUUUCCUUCUUCAAAGGCCACAGGAUCUGCCGCGGAGACAUAUGGUGAACAACUAGGAGAUGACAAACAAUAUUACGUGUCAUUGAAGACACUGGCUUUCCACUGAUGUUACGAAGAGAAAAUGCGAGGUAAACGCUGUCUUCCAUAAGACACAUGAACGUUUCAGUGAUUUGGAUGGGUCUAUGGGAUGGAACUCUUGGUGCAGGCUGCAGUGCUGAUGAAAGGGAAGCCCUUUUGAAGUUCAAGGCUGAUCUUGAAGACCCUUCUAGCUGGCUAACAUCUUGGGUUGGCCAAGAGGAUUGUUGUACAUGGUCUCAUGUCGUAUGUGACAACUACACUGGCCAUGUCACCGAGCUCCAUCUCGGAUUGCCGCAGCCUUCUAACUGGUCAAAUUCUGUGCUUAGUGGUAAGCUCAACCCUUCCUUGCUUGAGUUGAAGUAUCUAGGUUAUUUGGACCUGUCUAACAACGACUUUCAUGGUAUUCAAGUUCCAAGCUUUCUUGGCUUGAUGACUAGUUUGAAUACCCUUUACCUUGAUAAAGCUGGGUUUGGAGGAUUGAUUCCUCACCAGUUGGGAAAUCUCUCGAAUCUGCAACACCUUGGCCUUGAGGCCUCUAAACAUUAUGGACUGUAUGCAGAUAGUUUGAGGUGGCUUUCUGGUCUCCCUUCACUAAAAUUCCUUGAUUUGAGUAAUGUUGAUCUUAGUAAUGCUUCCGACUGGUUGAACAUGAUAAACGCACUCCCAUCCCUUUCAAAAUUAUAUCUGGCUAACUGUCAAAUCCUCCAUACCCCGGCCCUCGCCAAUGUUAACUUGUCUUCGUUGUCUUCUUUAAGUUUGUACCACAAUCAAUUUGAUCAAACUUCAGUUCCAAGUUGGGUUUUUCAACUUAAGAGCCUUACUUUCUUGAAUCUAGCAUACAACACUUUUCGUGGCCCAAUUCCUCUGCAACUUCAAAACCUUACUUUGCUCAGGACCCUUGAAUUAGCUUCCAAUCAUUUCAAUCAUUCGGUGCCAAACUGGCUAUACAGUUUACAUCAUCUGGAGUACCUUGAUCUAUACAGUAAUAAAUUGAAUGGCAGAGUCUCAACAAUUGGGAUUGGAAACUUGUCUUCUCUUGUUCAUCUUGAUAUGUCUGUCAAUCAUGGCCUCGAAUUUGAAAGGGGGAUUCCUGAAUCAUUCAAAAGCUUAUGCCGCUUGAGGUCACUUUCUCUGGGAUAUGUAAAACUGAAUCAAAAUGUAUCAGAGGUUCUUGAAAUUCUUGGAGAAUGUGCUUCUAUUACUUUGCAGGAGUUGUAUCUGGAUACUUGCCAACUGCAUGGUCAGUUGACCGAUCAGAUUGGCUUGUUCAAGAGACUUAACCGUCUCAUUCUUCCUAACAAUUCUAUUUCUGGUCCACUUCCGAGUUCAUUUGGAGAAAUGACAUCUUUGAAUCAUUUAGACCUUUCAAGAAACAAGAUAAAUGGGAGCUUUCCAACAAGUUUUGGGUCACUGACAGGGUUGACCUAUGUGGAUAUCUCUCGGAAUGCAAUGCAUGGUGUUGUACUCCCUGAAAUUCACUUAGCCAACCUCACAAAGUUGACCUUCUUUCUUGCUUCUGGAAACCAAAUGGCGUUCAAAGCUAAUCCAGAUUGGGUUCCUUCCAGGCUACUUCAAAUUCUGAACUUGGAGUCCUGGUAUGUUGGACCUGGAUUUCCCCAUUGGCUCAAAGGUCUGCAGUAUCUGAAGUCUCUUGAUCUGGCUAACUCUGGAAUUUCAGAACCAAUCCCUGACUGGUUCUGGAGUAUGUCAUCUCAAUUCUAUUAUAUGAAUUUCUCGCUCAACAAAAUCUCUGGGAGGCUUGCAAAUAUUAUCUCUGUUGUUGGCACUGACUCAUUGUUUGAUUUCAGCAACAAUCGCUUGGAAUUGCCGCUGCCCACGAUUUCGUCCAAUCUCACUUUGUUAGACCUAUCCUACAAUCUGUUAUCCGGAAAUUUGGUCAAGUUCUUGUGUUUCCGUCCUUCUGAAAUGCGGACUACUCAGUAUCUGAAUCUUCGUGGUAAUCUUUUGUCUGGUGAGAUACCUGGGUGCUGGAAAAAUUGGCGGAGUUUGGAGGUCCUGAGACUUGGUAGCAACAAGUUCAUAGGAAGAAUUCCGAACUCCAUCGGAACUUUAAUCUCACUUGUGGCGUUACACAUUCAGAACAACAGCCUGACAGGUGAAAUUCCUUUGUCCCUUGGUAACUGCUCGAAGUUGCUCACUAUUGACUUGGGUUAUAAUGGAUUGGAAGGAGAGAUUCCAAGGUGGAUGGGGAUGUCGCUUUCCAGGUUGUCUAUUCUGAAUUUGCGUGCAAAUAAAUUUCAUGGCAGCAUGCCGGUGGAACUUUGCCAUCUCCAGUUUCUACAAAUUUUGGACCUUUCUCACAACUCACUUUCAGGGAGCCUCCCAGAAUGUCUGUCUAAUUUCAGUGCAAUGGCAACCUCAGAUAAUACUGAUGUUGCUGUAAUUUAUCUAUUUUUUGGAGGGGGUGAAGUGUACAGCGAAAAUCAAAUUUUAUUGACCAAAGGGAGCUUUGUGGAUUACAGUACCAUACUGAACUAUGUAAGAAGUGUAGACCUUUCCUGCAACAACUUAUCUGGAGUAAUACCAGAGGAGAUCACAGACCUAAAGGAACUCCAGUACCUGAACUUGUCGCAUAAUUUAUUCUCAUCUAGAAUGCCAGAGGGUUUACAGACAAUGGAAUCACUGGAAUCGAUGGACUUAUCUGUGAACCGGCUAACAGGAGUAAUUCCCCCUGGAAUUGCAAGUCUGACAUUCCUGAGUUACUUGAACUUGUCCUACAACAACUUGAAUGGUGAAAUUCCUUCAAGCACUCAACUGCAGAGUUUCGAUUCUUGGAGCUUCAUAGGAAACCAAGACCUCUGUGGCCCUCCAUUAAACAAAGGUUGUAGUGCGAGCAUAGUUGUGCCUAGUUCUGGAAAUGAAGAUGAAGAGGAUGAAUUUUUAUGGUUCUCCAUCAGCACGUCCAUUGGCUUUGUGGCUGGUUUUGCUGUUACAGUCUGGUCUUUUUUCUUUGGAUUAUCAAAUAAUAUACCCUGGAGUUCCUGAAUCACCCGGGGCACAGAUUCUGCAGCUGUAUGUAUUAUCAUCCUCUUUUCCUUCCAGUUAUCUAGUGGUGGUAUCAGCUUGAAACUCUGCUCAGGAGGAGCUUGAUGUGGACAAUUAUAAUGACGACGAUGAUGAAGAGAGCGAGCUUUUCGGCUCUGGGAGUGGAGACGUUUAUUAUCCUAGUAAUGACCAGGAUCCGUAUCUCAAGGGUGUAGAUGCCUCAAUUCUAUACUAAGUAGGAAGUCACACUGACUAUGUACUCGGACUCGGUUGGAACAAGCCGUUUUAGGAAUAUCCUUGCGAGUGCCAGUGCUGACAAGCAAUUUAACAUCUGGGAUGUUGUUACUCAACAAUGUAAUAUCACAUGGGCGAAUCAUAAAAACAAGGUCCAGUUAGUUGCAUGGAAUCACCAUGAGCCACAAGUUCUUCUUAGUUGAGCUUUUGAUCGCUCAGUUGUCGUGUGCAGAAUGAUGCUAGGAUACAUACACGCCCAGGUUUAGCUGGUCAGUUGCAGCUGAUGUAGAAAGCUUGGCAUGGGAUCCACACAAUAGUCACUUUAUAUUCUUCUCUAUAUAAGAAACGGAACCAUCUUACCAUGUUCGUUGGGCACUAAAGCGGGAGUAAAAAGAAAAAUCCUUUUUAGGUGAGUCUUGGAGAUGGUAUUAUUCUGCCUUGUCUUGUCAGAGGGUAGCCCAUUUCUCCUGGCUAUUGGAGGUUCAAAGGGAACUCUGGAAGUAUGAAACAGAGUCGGAUUUCGAACCGAUUCAGGGACUAUAAUUAUAGCAAGCUCUCGACCUCAUCUUGAGACGAGAUUUGAUGGAGUUGUGGUGAAGCAGUGCCAUUGCAAGCCGCACUGUAGCGAUGUUAUGAAUCUUCAAAGGUUUGCGAAAUGUUAGAAUGGUAGUGUUUGCUGGUUUAUCAUGUGCGGAAGCGGAACAAUUUAGUGCAGAAAACCUCUGUUACCAUCAGUACAUUUUCAGUUGAAGUUUUGUGUAAAGUUUUGGUCUUUUUGAUAUUGGAAACUUGCUGGAGAAGACGAAAAAGGUUUAGCGGCAAGCAAGAGUUACGGAUUGGCUACAUUGCUUGCUUCUAAGACCACUAGCUUACGAACGAUUUCUUCCAAGUCUUCAAUGGUUUCUUUAUUGUAGUACAUGGUAGAUAGCUCCAUUAAUUGUCUUCCAGAAGAAGCAAGCGUAGAAGUCAAAACUAAAGAAACCUAAAAUAUUCUUCGACUUUUGUAAAGAGAAAUUUACUGUGAGGAAGUGGGUUGUAGAAAAUACGUUGGUUGCAGUGGGAGUUGGCCUCAACCCACCUACGCAGUUACUAUAUGGAC